CAGGAGUUGGUGGCAGUCGGAGUCGCUGGUUCCAGAGGAGAAAUGUCUUCAGUGCCUGAUGGAAAGAAACUAGUCCGGAGCCCCAGCGGCCUUCGCAUGGUGCCGGAAAACGGAGCCUUUAACAGCCCUUUCUCUCUGGACGAGCCGCAGUGGGUCCCGGAUAAAGAGUGCCCGAGAUGCAUGCAGUGUGACACUAAGUUCGACUUCAUCAGAAGAAAGCACCACUGUCGACGCUGCGGCCGCUGUUUCUGCGAUAAAUGCUGCAGUAAGAAGGUGGCGCUGCCGCGAAUGUGCUUUGUUGAUCCGGUUCGACAGUGUGCAGAAUGCAGCCUGGUCUCCCAGAGAGAGAUGGAGUUCUAUGAUAAGCAGCUCAAAGUGCUGCUGGGAGGCGGCACAUUCGUCGUCACUUUGGGAACGUCAGAGAAGUCUGAAACUAUGACGUGUCGCCUCUCCAACAACCACAGGUAUUUGUUCCUGGACGGUGAGAGUCACUUUGAGGUGGAGCUGUCUCGGAUCUCCAGUAUGCAGAUUCUGACAGAUGGGACGAGUCCAGGAGAGAAUGACAUUCACACUUACACCAGUCUGCUGGACAGUCACUGUAUCUCUGAAGGGGGGACGUCCCGGGCCAGUGGGAUGCUGCUCCACUAUAAACCCAUGGGCAGCCAGGAUGCCCAGCAGCUCCGCAUGGAGGCCGCCGACGACAAGAAGGUGGCCUCGCUAUGGCUGGCUGCCAUGCACAAGGCGGCCAAACUGCUGUACGAAGCCCGGGACCAGUGACGUGGAGGCUGAACGUCCAGGCAGCACACACCCAAGUGUUUUCUACCCCACAUCUUUGGGGUUUGGUAUCGUUUGGAUUUUAUUAACGCCAGUUCUGAUUCCACUUAUCCGUCUGAUUCCUCGUCAGUCCUUUAUACCAGUUAUUAUCAUGGAUAAUUUUUUGCGAGAAAUGUUUGUAGAGAAACACUUUAUUACCUCUAUAACCAGUACUUUUUUUCCAUCAAGUAGGCAGACAUUUCUAUUUUUUCAUUUUGCAUCUCUCUAAUCCUUGUGUCUCUACAUAAAUCAGGGCAUACAGCUACAGCUUGAGCAGGGAACCAGCAGGAAAAAUAUUUUGGGAGUUAAUUUCCUGUUGUUUUACUGUUUCUCUUGUCUCAUCGUGUUAAAACUUUGACAUUAUAACGUCCAACAUGAACAUGCGUCGUUCGUUCCCAUCUGUCUUAACUUCAGAUGCAGAUUUCAGAUUGUUUCAUGUCAUUAUAAUAAUAAGUGUAUACGCUGCUGUUUACUCAUAUUUGACAUAUUCACUGGUAGAAGGAAUGAGACACUUUACGGGUCCCUGGAGAAUAAGUGUCUUGCUCAAGGGACCUGCAGCAGGAUGGAUGAUAGAUGGUUAAACUUGUGAAUUCAGAUCUUCCAGAUGACACGUUUAGCUCAUUUCCACUUCACAAUCCUGACCUGUGACCUGUCGGGUUUGGUUUUGUGGUUGGUUUUUUCUGUUUUCUGACCACAUCAGGUCGGUGUAAUUAUAGUCUUUGGCCACUUGGGGGCAGCAGAAACACUGACCUAUGAUUACUUCUGAAGUUGUUAAUAUAUUAUUGGCUUUUUCAGCUUUUGUGUGGUACAGAGUUUUCACCCGUGGUUAGAUUGGACUCUGGUUUGUUUUCUCAUUUUGUGUAAAUGUGAACAUAGUGAUCACGAGUAAAACACCUGAGCAAACACCUUUUUAGAGGACCUGGUCUUGGUCUGAAGUGGUUCAUGAUCAAAUUUGAGGAUUUCACAUGGUUUGUGGUGUUGUGUUUUGGUUCACUCUGAUGUUUUUUUUUUCUUGCAUGAAAACAGACUGAACUAAAGGGAAAACACUCUAUGAUUAGAAACUCAUCGGCUGAUUUGAAGGUGUGAAAAAGCCCUUUGGCUGUGUUUACACUGCAGGUAAAAGUGGCCCAAAUCUGACUUUCUAGCUCAUAUGUGACUUACAUCUGAUUUUCUUUUUUUUCUUUUUUUUUUUUUUCAAAUCAGACCCAGGCCAUUUCUAUAUGUGGUCCUAAAUCAUGUGACUUCAGUCUGAACGAUCAUGUCGCAUUUCACUUGACUUUUACGUCACCGAAAUGCGACAGGCAUCACAGUUGUGCGCUGAAGGAGGCGGGACCCUACAAAAUCCAUAUUUACUUCCAUAAACACAGCGUAAAUGUUUGUGACGUCACUUCAGGACCAUAGACAGUUCACAUAUGAGUCUGAUGGCAUCACAUUUGAAUCAUAAUGUGAACAAAAAAAAUCUGAUUUCAGCAAAAAAAAAUUUAAUUGAGCAUUCAGACCUGCAGUGUGAACAUAGCGUUAGAUUCAGGAGUUCACAUGGAAAAUCAAAGACCAGUGUUUAUGAGAUCAGACAUGAGCUUUUUGUUUGCAUUAGCUCCUGUUUAGGUGGUAAAUAUUUGUUUAACAGCUACAGAAAAAGAGCUGGAAGUUGAUAUGAAGUGGCCAAACGCAGACUAAUAAUACCUGUUGGCUGAUCUGAGUCGUUCUGAUAAGACGCAGCGUAUUCACCGUGACUUUCUUUCAGAGCCAUUGUGAGUUGUAGUCACUACAGGUCGUUAUUUUGUUGUGUAGUGGAAAAGGCCGAAGUGUCUCCUGUGGGUUAAAGGACGAAUCCACCGUGAAGCCGUUGACAACCAGCCGUCUGUGGUGUGAGCUGUGUUUCAGGAGCCUCUGUUAGGUUCGUAUUUUAGUGAUAAAGACGCUGCAGCAACUUGAACAUGAAAUUAAAAAAAAAAAAAACACCCCCCAAGCACAAAUAUGCAAAAACAGGUUUGCAGCAGCAGAUUAUAACAGUAUUCUGGGAAAUGUAGGCUUCUCCGACUGCGACACAUGUACAACGAGGCUGCUCCUGAAACACAAAUCACAAACCGAUCCACAGUCGAUAUAAAACUGACGUCACACGGUGGAUUUUCGCUCUGACCCACACCGUUGAGACGUUUUAAUGAGGUUUAAAUUCAUCAUCUGCGUUUCCAUAUCCUCUGUAAUCCGUUUCUAUCUCUGCUCUCUGCUACAACUAUACACACAUUUCUAUCUUUAGGCUUCGGCGUCUAAGGAAACUACAGACUAUUCACUGAUUCUAGUGAAGCGAACAUGAAUAAAUGCUUUAAAUGUAGUUUCAUGUAUUGAAGUUUUGUAUGAGCUAUUUUGUUAAAUACACAAAGCGUGUACGUACUUACAUACUUUUUAAAGCUGAAGUAUAGUUUUUGUAACACUUGUAUACAGUUAUUCCUUUUUGUCUCAAAUGUAAACCGUCUUAUUUCCCUUUUUUUUUUUUUUUUUUAAUUACCGUGCAGAGUGUGACAUGUGAAAUCACCACGUUUAAUGUUCUAAGUGUUGGUAAUAUGUUGUGCUUCCAAGGACCUACUAUGAAACAAAAAAUGCCUGAUUGACGUCUGUGUAGAAAUGCAUCACAGUCUGUUCAAUAAUUCCUGAAAACAUCUGUCAUGGAUUAGCAUUAACAUCCAGUCAGAGAGCAGCGUCUGUUUUCCACUAAACUCAUCGUCUGCGACCUUUAAAAAUUCAUUCAACAAAACUAAACCGCUGUUUCCCUCAAUGAGGUGAAAGUAUUUGGACUUUUUAAUCCAUGCAGCCAAAAACAACCCUCUUAUCUGCUCUUUAUACACAUACAUGCGUCAUUUUAUUAUGUAUGUUACAAAAAAAAACUAUCAUAUUUUUAUUCUAGUGGGUACAAGGGUUUUCUGAAGAUGUUUAUGGACCUGCAGAAACCGAUAAGUGGCCUCAUGUUCUUACUAUUUAUUUAAUUUCUUACUAAAAACCAUCCUCAGCUCUGAGUUUGUACGACUGGAGCCACUUCAGUCCCUUUACAGAAACAAAAAAAAAAAGCAGCCAAAUCGACCUUUUACUGAGAAUUCUAAAUUUGCCAGAUGUUAAUGACAAUAAACAGCAUCAUUUUAAUGAUAUAAUGGCCUGAUUUUUGUCCAAUAAAACCCCCAAAAUCUUCUCAUUUAGCAGUGAAAUUUGGUCUCAUUAAGGAGCAAUAACAGAAUAAAGGUUUACUAUAUAUAACAAUUUUAUAACUUUGGAAUUACACUUUGUAUGAGCGUCCUUGGGAGUGUUUUCUCAAAGUAAUGUGCAGUUGAGGAACACCGAACAGCCAUUUUCUGGAAACUUAGAAUAGCUGUACUUGUAGUUUUUAUGCCUUAGUUCAGUAAUGUCAAGAUAACAAUGCUAUUUUUUUGGGUUUAUCUUUAUCUUGUAGGAAACAAAAAGCAAUUUGUAAUGACAAAAUUGCUGAUCUGAGUCUUACAUGUAACAUAAUGAUAUCUUGACCUAAUGAGAUAAAUGAAAAAAUAACUUUUGUUAUAUUGAAAUACGAAGAUUUAAGGUAAAAGUUGCAAAAGCAGCCGUUCUUGUUGCUCUGUUUUCCUCAGUUUUUGGAGUCGACUCGAAACAUCCGUUAAACUCUGAGGGAAACGGUGACAUUCAAGUGUUAGUAAGUGGAUGUAGAGUUUGUUUUUUUCUUCAUCCAAACCCUUUAGCUCCGUGCUAAUCCUGUCGAAACGGUUGAUUUCAUAAAUGUAAAGCUGCACUUUAGUUGCUUACUCUCAGUAAUACACUACAUGUCCAAAAGUAUGUGGACGCCAUCGUUUGAGCGUUGUUUUUUCCCCCCUGUCUCCAAAAAUCCUGCCCGAUGACACAGAUGAAUCAGUAAAGACAUGGUUUUCCCAGUCUGAGCCGUGACCUCUGACCUCUGGGGUGAACUGAAACGCUGACUCGGAGACCCAACACCAGCUUUCGUCCCCGAACGGAAGCAAAAACCUGCCAAA